AUGGCGACGUCUCUCAGUCUCCCGCUGCCUGAACCACUUAAAAUACUGGAAGGAAAUACUUCGAUAAAAUGGAAAAAAUUUAAACAGAAAUGGACAAAUUACGAGAUUGCUACAGGAGUUGCAGAGAAACAAAAUCCGACGAGAGUUACUACGUUCCUGACGGUGAUUUGGGAAGAAACGGUCGAUGUUUAUAACAUGUUCACUUGGGCCACAGCGGGCGAUAACCUGAAAAUAGACAAGGUUUUGUAGAAAUUUGAUGCCUUUGCAACCCAAGAAAGAACACUAUAUAUGAACGCUAUAUGGGUUUUUUUCGAGAAACCAGGAAAAUGGUGAGUCAAUCGAUCAUUAUGUAACUGUUUUAAAAACUUUGGCUGACACUUGUGAAUUUGGGAACUUAAACGAGUCCUUGAUCUGUGACCAGGUUGUGUUUGGAAUUCUAGAUAAUUCUGUUAGGGAAAGAUUACUAAGAGACCCUGAGUUAACCCUGCAAACAGCAAUUGAAAGAGUAAGGUCAGCUGAACUGACAAAUGCACAAUUAAAACAAAUAAAAGCUGACCAGAAGAUUACUGAGGAAUUACCAAGACAUCAUGUAAAAUCAAACAGUGAACAUUCCUAUAAAAACUGUGAGCAAAAUUUAUUAACCCCAAUUGUGAAUUGUAAGUAUUGUGGAAAAAAACACCCAAGGGACAAAAAUCAAUGCCUUUGGAGCAAAAUGCCAGAAAUGUGGGAAGUAUAACCAUUUUGCUGCCAAGUGCAAAUCAAAGGCUCGCAGAACCCCCUGGGUAAAUACUGGGACUAUACUAUUAGCACUGUAACACAUCAUAUUGGGGCUCUUAACAAAAAAAAGAUCAAUGACAAAAAGAUCUCAAAGCAGCUGUUUGCAACAAUGAAAGUCAAUGAUAAGGUGAAUGUUAAGUUCCAAUUAGAUUGUGGUGCAACAUGCAAUCUAAUUCCACCAAAAGAUUAUUCUCAGGCUAUGGGAAACCCUGAGGAUGUCUACUUGCAAAAGACACUAACCAUAUACAAUGGAACAAUCAUAUGCAUCCUGUAGGCAAAUGUAAACUAAAAUGCACUAGAGGGGGUUCACAGCACAUACUUGAAUUUGAAGUGGUCGAUAGUGAUGUGAAACCUCUUCUAAUUGCUGAAACAUGCCAAAAGUUACAGUUCUUGCAGGUUCUCAUGAAUGACAAGCAUGAUAUUGAUCCAGUGGUGCAUGAGGAUAUGUCAAUGAAUGCAAGUUCUAACAUUUCCAAGAAUAUACCGAAUUUCGAAGGAAUUGGAUGUCUCGAAGGAAGUUUCACAUUGAAAUUGAUCCAAGCGCAAAACCGGUAA